AUGUCUGGCAAGCAAGUUAUUAAGUCGUUAUUAGAUACAGAUAUGUAUAAGUUGACUAUGCAUGCGGCUGUUGUGGUCAACUUCCCUGAUGCCAAAGUGACAUACAAAUAUACAAAUAGAUCUCAACAGUUAACAUUUAAUCAAAGGGCAAUUGAUUGGCUACAAGGCCAAAUUAGUCUAUUAGACAACCUAGUUUUUACUUCUGAUGAAAUUGAAUAUUUACAAAAGGAGAUUCCUUAUUUGCCUCAGCAAUACUUUGAUUAUAUCAAAACAGAUGCUGUCAAAUUAAAUCCUACAGAGCAAGUUGAUUUUACCGUAGAACCUCUAGGCUUUAAUGAAGAAUUUAAUGAGGAAAGAUUCAAUAUACAUAUUUUGGUAAGGGGGUUAUGGAAAGAUACAAUUCUUUACGAAAUACCUUUAUUAGCCUUAAUUUCAGAAGCAUAUUUUAAAUUUGUUGAUACUGAUUGGGUAUAUGAUGAUCAAUUAGAACAAGCCCAAGAAAAAGCUAGAAAAUUAUUUGCUAAUGACUUGAGGUUUAGCGAAUUUGGCACAAGGCGUCGUAGAUCGUAUCAUACUCAAGAUCUGGUCAUGAAAGGUAUUAUGGAAGCGGUUAAAGAAAAUCCAGAAAAGAAUUCCAAGUUGUUCUUAGGGUCCUCCAAUGUCUUGUUUGCUAAACAAUAUGGUGUGAAACCCAUUGGUACUGUUGCUCAUGAAUGGUUUAUGGGCAUUGCAUCUAUUACACAGGACUACAGUCAUGCGAAUAAGAAGGCUAUGGAUUAUUGGAUUGAAACUUUUGGUCCUGAACAUGCAGGUUUGGCAUUAACUGAUACUUUCGGUACAGAUGACUUUUUAAAAUCUUUUAAACCACCAUAUUCUGAUUGUUACGUUGGUGUCAGACAAGAUUCAGGUGAUCCAGCCAAAUAUGCCGAAAAAAUUGCUCAUCAUUAUCAUGAUAUUCUAGGAUUACCAAAAUUUUCUAAGUGGAUAUGUUUUUCUGACUCCCUAAAUAUUCCCAAGGCUAUUGAGUAUGCAAAAGUAGCUCACGAUAAUGGUAUGUUAGUUAGUUUUGGUAUAGGAACUAAUUUUACAAAUGAUUUCAAAAUAAAAUCUAAUCCAACUGUCAAAAGUGAACCUCUAAAUAUCGUUAUUAAGUUGUUAGAUGUUAAUGGGAACCCGGCAAUCAAAAUAUCUGACAAUCUAGGUAAGAACAUGGGUGAUCCAGCUACUGUAGAAAGAGUCAAAAAGGAAUUAGGUUAUGUUGAACAUUCCUGGAGUGGUGGUGAUGAAGCCCAUCGUUGGACUUAA